AUGCAAUACAGAGUGUUCAUAAAGGAUCCUGAAUACCGUCAAUUGGAUUGUCAAACAUUCAAGGGAUAUGCAUUCCGUCGAGCAUGUGAUUUUCAGUUGUCAUUUAUAUCAGAUAUACAAGUAAAGAAGGAGGCACAGAAAUACGCUAAAGGAAAUACGAAUGAGGAAGCUUUUAUUAAAAUGCAGGACUAUUUGGACCAAUCUUCGGUGAAGUAUACUCGUGUUUUUGUUGAACCAUAUCAGAGAGAAAAAACGCCAGAGGAGAUCGAAAAGGAGAGGCUAACAAGAGUUACUAGGAGCACUAGGCAAAAUACCACAGCCGGAUCGUGGGAAUAUCGAUAUGAGGAAAGAAGUGAUCAAAGCCUUGAGUCAGAAUCGGAGUUUCGCUAUCAAUUAAAUACAAGGAGAAGAUCAAGAGGAAACCGCAGCAAACAUACUUUAGAACCACGACCUAUAAAAAUUCGAAGAGGCCCGAUAUUCAUACCAUUCAGUGAUCUGAAACCAGAAACCAGGCCAAGAUAUUAUCCCCGAUUCUUACAACAUACAUUCUAA